AUGGAUAUGUUGGCUGAAGCUGCAGCCAUCGCCGAUCGAGUAGAUGGACCUUGCACAUAUCAAACCAGUUCUGGCUCAUCGGAUCCUGGCCCAACCGCGGCCGACCUCGGUCAUACCAAUGUCUCUCAAGAUGCUGUAGCUGGCUGUGCCGAUCCGACCGACGUUCCAGCAACCACUGAGCAUGUUCCUGGCGGUAUAUUCCCAGAAAACUACGAAGAAUACGUCAAGAUUCGGCCCUCGUCGUCAAGACCUACAUUACUUGACAGAUUUUCCUGCAAAUACGACAUGGGAUUAUUCGCAGAAAAAUCCUUUGACGAGGUGGGUGAACUCAUCGUUAGUCUACCUGCAGGAAUUUGUGACAUCUUUCCUGCAGGUCUACACGAUUUUCGUGGUCCCGAGAUCUACACCAUGGGUAAAAUUCCGGCCCAGCAUUUGACGAGCAUGAUGCAUCUGCUUGCAGCAACCUAUCGAACCUACGAGCGGCUGGCUCCCGCAACACACCAGGACCGACCCUUCGAUCCCUGUUUCACUCCUGGCUAUGCCAUGGCAUUGCUCAAGGGGAAACCCACUGAAGAAGUUCAAUUGGCCGUGGACAAACUCAAUCAGAUGCAUCUUGCCACUGAAGGCGACCCGAGUGCCACUGAUGGCCGAGUGGACCAUGCCGGCUCCCAUAAUGACCUUUUCCCGUGCGGUCCCGAUCGUCUUGAAGAUGCCAUGCGAGCCCUUCGCUUCCUGGAUGGAGCUUUCGUUGCAGAAGACGUGACCGACGCCCACAUAGGUUACAGCCAUCUCACCUCCUACAUCAACCAUUCAUGCACUCCCAACGCGCUCCUGGUCACCGAUUUCGGCGAGCAGCAUUUGGAUGAUGGCUUAUUCGCCCGCACGAUGACCGUUCAUCUGAAAGCGCUUGCUCGUAUCCGGAAAGGUGAGGAAAUCACAAUCUCAUACAACAGCAACGCCCCUGGGCCUCGCGAUAAGCGCCGUUUCACACUGAAUGCGACCACCGGCUUCGAUUGUCAGUGCAUCUCAUGUAGAAUGAGAACCAAUGAGAAUCAAUGGAAGGCUGCCCAUACCUGCGUAAUGGCCAUCGCCCAAGGAAAGCGAGCAAAAGGAAAUCGCUAUCAGUCGUCGUCUAGUGCCAUAUUUGACGCCCUCCAAGGCUUAGGACUCAAUGGCUACCAAACCAGAUACUGGUGCACUCAACUGGCUCAGGCGGCAAAGACCAAUGACCCGCCCGACAGGGUCCGCGAGUGGAUAUUCAGAUCGCGAGAACUGGCUUGGUGCAAGCAAUUUCUGCACGAAUCGCAUGGACGCCGAAUUAACCUCGAAGAAAUUAUCGACGAUCUCGGCCAGCAUCAAGACGUCUCGGAAUUCUUGCAGCUCGGAAAGGAGUUUAUUGGCUCAAAGGAUGUUGAUCGAACCAUUUUUCUGCUCGACGUGAAAGCGGCGGAGACUGACGAUCAGCUCCUGGGCAAAGACCUGAUCCCAGAGCUGAAAGAGCUGCAGGCCAAACAGCGCAGAAAGAAGAAGAGCGACAAGGAGAAGACGCGGAAGAAGGGAAAAGCGGCGCGGAAGAACGAAGAAGCCCAGCACGAAGCCCCUACAACGCAGGAGGAAGCCAAGCAGGAUGACGGUCGGAGAUCAGACGGAGACACUUUGCCCGCCGAAUCACCCAAGACGAGUUUGGCGGUAGCGCUUAAGCCUCUACAACAUGCCAAUGAUUCAGAGUCGGCCUCUCACAGUGUCCAGUACGAUAGAAGGUCGGACCACGAGAUUGAGGAGGCCUCCCAGCCCACCGAGCCGGCCAACUCCUCUUCACUCGUCGACCGUACCAAAGGUCCGCCAUCAGACCCUGGAGCACUCCCGGCACCACCAUCCCAGACCGCAGCAGAAGUACCGGGUGUGGAAGAUUUUCAAGAGUCGGCCAAGCCGCCUUCGGAGUGCGAAAGCACCUCUGCUGUAUCAGCUGCGACCAGCCACUCUCCAUCACCAGCAUGUGGCGAUGAUCCAGAUGAUCUGUCUCAGGAGCCAUGUCCAGAGCUUCUUCAUUCGCGGAGCUCAUCAGAUAUGGGUGACACUCCUCCAAAACCGGUCUCCCCAACUAUCGCCGUUCCAGAAGCGCCCAAGCUCGAGAGCCAGCACUCUUAG